UCUCCGAGGGGCGGCGAUAGUAAUUGAAGAAUCGAAUUCCUUUGCGGAGGAGGACCCAUUUGCGGCGACUCGUCGGGCCGCAGCCGGGCGGAGCUUUUUUGGCUCAACGAGAACGACGGCGAAGAGAGGAUUCAACUUUCCCAUCUCCAAUACGACUCCUUUUUCUUCUCGCUUUUCGAUUCCCAUUAUCCCAAACGAAGAGUCUCGCUACAAAUCGGCUUGACUUCCUCCUCUGGCCAUGCGACUCUGGUUUGCCGAGAUCUGCCUCUACACAGAGGGUUCUUUUGCUGAUUCUUGCCCUCGAAACGCUGCCAAUUCUUGCGGGUUUUUGAUCCAUUUCUCCGAUGGCCGCCGAUUCUCACGUCCCUACUCCCAGGGGUCUUCUCUGUAAUGCCGGAGCUGGUGCUGCUGCUGGAGUUCUGGCUGCUACGUUUGUGUGCCCUUUGGAUGUUAUCAAGACUAGAUUUCAGGUCCAUGGACUGCCAAAGAUUGGUAAAGGGAGUCUUAUAGUUGGUAGUUUGCAAGACAUUUUUCAUAAGGAGGGGCUACGUGGAAUGUAUCGGGGACUCUCGCCUACCGUGCUUGCAUUACUUCCUAACUGGGCUGUUUAUUUCACAAUCUAUGGUCAGCUUAAAAUCUUUCUUGGCUCUGAUGAUGAGAGUCAUCAGCUUUCAGUAGGUGCCAAUAUGAUGGCUGCUGCUGGUGCUGGGGCUGCUACAACUAUUGCAACUAAUCCUCUUUGGGUAGUUAAGACAAGACUUCAGACGCAGGGAAUGAAAUCUGGUGUGCUACCUUAUAGAAAUACAGUGUCUGCCUUGAGAAGAAUAGCCUUUGAAGAAGGAAUCCGUGGGUUGUACAGCGGUCUUGUGCCUGCUUUGGCUGGUGUUAGUCAUGUCGCGAUCCAGUUUCCAACAUACGAGAAAAUAAAAUGUUAUUUGGCUAGAAAAGAUAACACAACGAUGGAUAAACUUAGCGCACGUGAUGUUGCGGUUGCCUCAUCUGUCUCCAAGAUAUUUGCUUCCACGUUGACCUAUCCACAUGAGGUGGUGCGUUCCAGGCUCCAGGCACAGGGGUUUCACUCGGAGAAGCGCUAUUCUGGCGUAAUCGACUGCGCAAAGAAAGUAUUUCAGCAAGAUGGCCUCCCCGGUUUCUAUCGCGGGUGUGCAACCAACCUUCUUAGGACGACACCUGCAGCAGUUAUCACAUUUACCAGCUUUGAAAUGAUUCACCGGUUUCUUGUCAACAUGUAUCCUCCCGAUCCACAGGCGCACACAUUAUGAAGACAAGUAAAUGUUCACUCGACACUGCACAAACUAAUCGGCCCGACUCAUUCACAAUUUUUUGGGUACACACUAAUUGCCCCAUCCUCCCUCCCUCCCCUCUGUAGCUUGUAGACAACUGAACACAUUGUUGCCUCCCUCACAGUUAGCUUCAUCAAUGUCAUGAAGUGUCCUUUCUUGUGAGAGGCAAUAUCUCAUUUUUGUUUCCCUUUUUACAGAAGCUGAUGAUGAUGAUAAAUGAUAAUGUGAUACAUUCUUUUCUUU